AUGCUGCGGUACUUGGUCCUGAUCUCAUGCUCCUUUGCGAUUGCCUAUUCUGGAGCAUGUGACGAGGGUGCAAGUUUGGGCCCGAAGUGCAAGGCCUUUCUCAACUACCUCAUCCCCAACUUGACGGCCGUUUUCAAGCCGACCGAAGAGGUGGUGUGCAUGAUUAACAACGACUUGGGUACAUGCGUGCCGGAAGGAAAGACUUUUGCGCAAUGCGCGGCAGUGCUGGCGAGCAAAAGCGGCGAUUACAAGAACAAACUCAUCGCCACCCGUGCCGAUCUGCUCGGCACGCUCACCCACGUUCAGAAUUGCUUGUCAAACCUUAAGGACGGCGACUACGCGUCCUUCCUGAAACGUACCGUCAUAGCCGGGAUGAGCGCCAUUCUGAAGGCACCUUACAAUAAGGCGAUCCUGACCAAGAUAAAGCAGAUGAUCCAAAACGGCAAGUCACUUGCUGAGCGGACCGAAACGGCCUGUGAAACCGGCACCGCCAUGACCACCAAUCCGCUUAUCGUCAAGGUGGUCAAGAAGGUCAUGUCGCUGACGUUCAAGCAAUCCUGGCAAGAAUGUAUCGUGCCACUUAUGAGACCGAGUUCGGGUGUCCUCCUCAUCAGCAAGUAUGUCAAGAGCGACAACAAAUGCAAGCAGGCCGGGCCCUCGGGUAAA